UAAUGCGCUCGCUACAUUAUAUUAUAUGAACGGAGAAAUGGACGCUACGAGAAGAGAAUUGUCUUCGUAUAAAUUAAAGAAAAUGGAAACAGAUCUUGAAGAUGCUUUAGAAGUAGCGGGCAUUGGAAAGUAUCAAUAUUUACACAAUACAUUAAUGGUGGUUAUUUUAGCAUCAGCCAUGAUAGAGAUGAUCGGAUGUUCUUUUCUUUUACCUUCUGCGGCAUGUGAUUUGGACUUACCUAACAAUUUGAGAGGAAUUAUGGCAUCUAUACCAAACAUAGGCGUUAUUCUAACUGCUCCGCUGUGGGGCAGGGCGGCUGAUAAUCUGGGAAGGAGACCAAUUCUGUUGCUGUCUACAAUGUUUGCUGGUCUAUUUGGGUUUAUUGCAUCUUUCAUGCCUACAUUAUUAACGUUCGCGAUAUGUAAAUUAGCCGGCUCCUUCUUCUUAUCAUGCCCGACAUCCCUGUGCUAUGCGUACGCGGGGGAGAUGAUACCGAGGAAGAAAAGAGACGUGACUCUGCUCAUUUUCAACGCCUUACUUAUGCUGUCAGCAUCUCUAACUCCAAUUCUAGCUUGGACCGUGUUAUCUAAUGACUGGCUUGGCCUAAAGCCAUGGCGACUUCUGACUAUGGUGUACGCACUCCCGCUGUUCUUAGCUUCCCUGGUGGUGCCCUGGGCACAAGAGAGCCCCAAGUACCUCGUCACUAAGCACAAGUAUGUCGAAGCUUUGGAUGUGCUAAAGUAUAUUUAUGCAGUUAACACUGGUUGUGACAAGGAAUCUUUCUGUGUCGCUACUUUGAAAAGAUCAGUGGACGACAGCGGGAAGGAGAUAGAAGUCGGAGUACAAAAUAGAGGGAGCUCUCUACUGUCGCUGUUGCGUCCUCCACAUCUACAAUGGCUUGCAUUGCUCGGUUUUCUUAUGUUCGGCUUGCUAUCUUUACUUAACGGCCUUUACCUGUUCACACCGGACACCAUCAACAAGCUUAUGAAUCCAUCAAACGCCGCGUACGGCACCAUUUGUGAAGUUAUUAAUUUACAUGUAAACACAACCACCACCAAAUGUAGCCCCAGUAUAUCCCGGGGCACUUUCGAGAUCAUGGUGUACGCGACCCUAGUGUACGGAGCAUUAGUGCUAAUGCUUAGCUUCACUCCUGUCUCCAAGAAGGCUCAGCUCGUGACUAUGUUUCUGGUAGUUGGAGCUGCCUGCAUUAAUGCUGACUUGACUACCAAUAGAUUGGUGGCUGGGCUAUCAAUGUCUGCGCUCCAGGUGACCGCGCUCGGUCUAGGCCCGCUUACCGCCUACGCUGUGCAUCUCUUCCCGACCAAUUUGAGAGGUACGGCGGUAGGCGCAGUACUUAUGUUCGGUCGCCUAGGUUCGGUGGUGGGCGCGAAUGCUGCCGGCAUCUUCCUUGCGCGAUCCUGUACGGCUACCUUAUAUGGCUUCUCUGCCAUGCUGUUCUUGUGUGCGGCUUUGAGCACAUUUCUGCCUAAGGACAAACAGCAAAGAAACGACAGAUAAAAAAGUUGAAAGCUUUACAAAAAAAAAAACUAAUA